AGGGAGAGUGAGUGAGAGAGAGCAGAAAAAUGGCAAAAUUCUUUUUCAUAAUGUUUGUGGUCGCAGCUCUAGUCAUGGUGCACUCCGCUGCCCGCAAAGUUCCGGCUGGCGGCGACACCCAAGAUCUAACCAUAACCCCGAAGAGCACCGUACCUGCACCGGCCCCCAGCGGCGGAGUCGAUGACAAAAAGAACCUUAUAGUUGGCGGCAUGGGUGGCUGGGCGGGGGUCGGGUACGUGCUCCCGACUCUUGGUGGGGUGGUCGGUGGAAUUAGCGGUGCUAGUGGCCUUGGCGGCGUCGGAGGGCUUGGCGGCGCCGGUGGCGGGAUUGGUGGCGCAAGCGGGCUGGGCGGGAUCGGUGGCGCAAGCGGGCUGGGAGGGAUAGGCGGUGCUGGCGGUGGGAUUGGUGGCGCAGGUGGGCUCGGCGGCUGUGGAAUUGGCGGAGGGAUUGGCGGUGGGAUAGGCAAAGUAAUCAUUCCGUAGAGUUAAUUAUUUAGUUCAACUUGAAUGUGGUUUAAUUACCAAGAAUUUAAUUUCUGGUGUAUGUUUUGUCUGAAUCAUUUAUCUUUUGAAUAAUUUUGCGUGAAUGUGGUCGAGCCUGUGAGGAAUCCCAUGCAUGUCACGUUGCAUGCGCGUCUACGAUACUGUAAUUGUAAUUCUUGAUCAGCUUGUUUGAUUGCAUCAACAUCCUUCUUUUAUUAAGUUCCAACUUUUUAAGUUUUCAUAAUGUAUCAAUAUUAUAUCUCGUGUCUUUUAAAUCUACUUCCCUUCUUU